GCCCCUGCAGUUCCAUGUCAUCCGUCAAACGUCAAACCAAAUGACACGACCAUAACAGUUCCGCUUAAUUUACAAAUGAUUCCGUUACGAGUGACGUCCGUUCGCCCCAUUUUCAUGCAUAAAAACGCCUCGCACCGCCCUCCUAGUGCUCACUUCCGUCAAUAAAAGAAUGACGUGAAUGUUGACAUAACCUCAAAGUGUACCAUGUAAAACUGCCUCAUCGUAACAAUGAUGAAGAAACUAACAGGUACGUUCCGGUACACGCAGUGGGACCCUUGGCUCAUUAUCUCGCAGAUAGUGUCAGUGCAAUGUAUUUUGUACGUGUCUCUGGGGCUUAUUCUGGCCCUUCUGGGGACCUUGGUGGGUGAUACGAGGUCUCUGGAUCACAUUUUCGAAUAUCAUGAGAUUCAAGUACGGGAUUUUGGUGGCCGUAUGGUGAUCACGGCCUUUGUGAUUAAUGCGCUGGUGGGCGCCGUCACGUUGUGGUACAUCGUAGAACGAACCAAACAGUGCAUGGACUUCAGCUGCACUUGGCACUUCAUCCACCUGCUCAUCUGCUGGGGCUACAAUGGCAGUUUUCCGACCACUUUCUCCUGGUGGGCCUUAAACGUGGCCUGCGCUACUCUGAUGUGCGUCUGUGCGGAAUUUCUGUGCCUAAGAACUGAACUGAAAGCGAUUCCACUCUCAUUAGGUCCUAAAACAGACUUGUGAAACAAUUGUGAUAUUUUGUAAUAGAGAUUUAGGUGCCAAUUUUUGUAAAAAGUGUAAAGACGACCUUAAAAAAAGUAUUUAUUUAGGUCUACAUCCAUCAGCCACCUAAUAACUGUAAAAAUUAACGCAAAUAAAUUUCGUAACAAUU